CUCCAAACUAAAAUAUUCUCCAAAGAAGAUUAAAAAAAAUCAUUAAAAAUGAACGAAACAAAUUUUACUAAUUUUACCUGCGACGAAGAUGACGAAAACGUCCACAUCCACGCCUUAAUUUACUUCAUUUACUUCUUGAUUUCUUCGGUGGCCGCUUUAGGAAAUGGUGUAAUUUGCUACAUAAUUAUAUCAUCCUCACGAAUGCGAACGGUAACGAAUUAUUUCAUUAUGAAUUUGGCGAUUGGGGACCUUUUGAUAGCGAUGUUGUGCGGGCCGUUUAGUUCUGUAGCUUAUUUGAAACAAUAUUGGCCGUUCGGGUCGUUUUUAUGUUUGAUCGUGUCCUAUUUCCAAGCCAUCGCCGUUUUCGUAAGUUCUUACACUUUAGUCGCGAUCAGUUUGGAUAGAUACGUUGCGAUCGUUUGGCCGUUAAGACCGAGAAUGUCUAAGAAAAUCGCUAUGGGGAUCAUUUUCGCAGUUUGGAUACUUUCAUGUUUGGGCGGAGCUCCUAUUUUAAUGGUUUCGACGAUGGAUCAACCCAACGAUACUUAUUUUCAACAGUGUGACAGAUACAUCUGCACAGAAAAAUGGCCGUUUGAGGAUGGACAAUACUGGUAUUCACAAAGUUUGACACUUUUCCAAUACGUGAUUCCGGUAUCGGUGUUCAUUUUCGCUUACACGAGCAUAGCGGCCGUUAUUUGGUGUCACAGGGUUCCGGGGGAAGCUGAGAACUGUCGUGAUCAACGGAUAGCCAGAUCAAAGAGGAAGACGGUUAGAAUGAUGGUUGCGGUGGUUUUGGUUUAUUCGAUCUGUUGGUUACCAUUCAACGUGUAUUGGAUUGUAAAUUCAGAAAUAGAAAAUCGCAACGUAAAAAAAUACUUAUUCUACACGGUCCACGCCUUGGCAACUUCACAUGCUUGUUACAAUCCGAUAAUAUACUGCUAUAUGAACAGCAGGUUUCGAGCAGGGAUUUUGUCGACUUUACCCUGUUGUCGGAAAUGUAUAGCUUCGUUGUCGAAGCGUUCUAAAUCUUCAACCAGUUUACCGCUGACAAGUAAGUUUAAGCUUAGAAGGAACGGAUACAACCCUUCUAAAUCGAGACAACACAUGCACUACCUAUAUAAGCAUGAGACGACAGAAUGGUAGCCGGAUAUCAAAACCAAACAACCACCAUCAACACCAUCAGGUUCCAGUUCGUUCCGCUUCAAUGAUGCGUUCCACAAUCGCGGGGAACCAGUGCAAUUACAGGAAAUCGGUCCGGUAUCCGAAUAACGUCGUCGAAAAUCAAAUAUAAUAAGAGAAAAAUCCGGUUAACCAAACGAAAAUAGAGUAGAAAAAGGGGAAACGGGAUUUUCGGACGGACAAGCGUUAAGUCCGCAGUCUUAGUGAGUAAAAGGAAAAGAUCUCUCCAGAAAAGAAAUCGAAAAUCGCUGACGUCAUUGGCUAGACGAAAAGCGAAUUCUUUCGUUGAAUCAGUCGAGUGGAAAACGUUUGGAUAUCUUUCUAGGUGUGGAAAUUGUAAUCGAACUAUAAAAAAAAUGUAUCAAAAGAAAUAUGAAUUGAAGAAAAAGAAAGACUGAGAAGAAAAUUUUAAUGUAACGUUAAUGUAACAAACAGGAAACUAUUUGCAGUUAGAGUUAUAUUCAAGUAAACUCAGAGAGUGUUGAAUUGCACAAUUUGAACUGUUUGGAGAGGGUCAUAUGUUAAGCUUCGCACUUCCGCUUGGGUCCAUUUCGAAUUGAAAACUUUCAAAGUUCACCACAAUUCAACUCUCUCCGCGUGCAUUUUGACAAUGAAAAAGUUCUUUUCGCUUUAAACGGAUGUUGAAAUGUUUUUAAAAGUUUCUCUAUUAAAAACCUGUAAUGUUAAAAAGGUGUUAAAGGUAAAUACAGUUUUUUAAGUCCAAAGUUUUGUUUACAAGAUUUAAAAAAAGAGUUUGCGUCAAAGGUGAAAUCUUAAAUAUAAACGUAAAAACGUUCGAAUCGAGAUGAUCAUGUUAAAGUAAUGAUCUCUUAUUGUGGGGAACCUCACGCUUUUCAUUAGUGUUUAGAAUCCACGCUAAAACUAAAAGGAAUUAAAAAAAUGGAACCAGCGACUUAUUUGAUUUAAAUCUGAAAUGCUUGAGUUAAUAAAAAAAUUGCAAGUAUUAAUUUUCCACUUCCAAUGUAGCUACUGGUUAAAAUCGCGGAUUAUUUUAAUAAAGCUUAAACUCCUACUAAAUUAAUUAAAAUUUAAU